AACCUCUAAAACAAACACAAUAGCAGACAGCUAACGAGCUACUUGUUUUACGCUCGGAGAUGUGUAUUGUUCUGGGAAUGGAUCGUUUACUUAGCGAGAAGGAAGAACGAGAUACACUUGCAUGGCUAGAUAAAAUACCUUUCUCCAGACACAAAAAACACAUCAGCAGGGACUUCAGUGAUGGAGUGAUGGUUGCAGAGGUUGUUCAGCAUUAUUUCCCAAAAAUUGUUGACAUUCACAACUAUGUCACUUCCUGCAAAACGCAGCAGAAACUCGGCAACUGGAACCUUCUCAACAAGAGGGUGUUUUCCAAGCUGGACUUUUAUGUCUCAGAGGAAACGGUGAAGAAGAUUGUUUCAAGCACUCCUGGUGUGGUGCUGCCAGUGAUGUUUUUCCUCAAGGAGAAGAUAGAGAAUAAACUGGCACAAGCAACACAAACACGACAUUACUUUCGGAGCCAGGAGAAACCGUUUUCAGAUGUGGAAAUUCAACAGGCUGAAGCAAGAAUUAUGGCUCAACUGGCAGAGAUGAAGAUUACAGAGCCAACAGAGAAACCGCAGCAACUGAUGUUUUUCCCAGAGAUGAGCCGUUUAACAAUGCGGCAAGUCAUGCUGGAAAAAGAACUUCAGGUCGAGGAACUUCAGGAUAUUCUUAAGAUCCUUCAGGUAAAAGUGAACAAGUUGGAGGAGCUGAUUCAAUUGAAGGACAAGCGUAUUGAACAUCUGACAUCUUCCAGAGGUGUACAAGCCUAAACUACAGCUACCCGGUUAAAAAGGAACUCGCAUUCACACACAGAUCUGGGAUUUUGCUGUCUUCUUUUCUUCUAGAAUUCUUUGUGCAGAAAACCUUGGAGUUCAGUCACUGCAGUUUUUCUGGAAUAUAUUCUAAAAAUAU